CAUUUGGUGUUCUAUUGCGAGAAAGCAAGAGCGUGACAGAGCGACGGGAGAGCUGACAUUCACUCUGGUGAACAGAGUUAGUUUCAGUUAGCUGAGCUGUUGUUGAGCUGCCUGAACGGAACUUGAACCGACCUGGUUGUUUAUGUUCCAAAGAGCAAAGUAGAUGCAUGUAGCUAGCUAGCUGGGUUACUGAGUGUCAAAGGUCACCGAACAAUACCCAGGGCACGUGAACAACGUGUACAAUGUGAUGUCCCGCGAGCAUCACAUGUCUGUCCGAUUUCUGCUUCAAUUUGUUCUGAAAAGCAGCUGAAAAUGAAAGUUCCUGUGUGGAGAACAGCAGUAGGACAAUCUCCUGUGAUCUGGCAAUAUUUGUUCACUCACUAUUGGUCAUUGCAGAAUAUUAUAAGACAAAAGUAUUGGCCACAACCUCAUAAGGUUUCAUGGUGUAUAUGAAAUAUUAGUGUUAUUGGUCCUCCAUACUGCCCAUCUCUUGCUCAGUGUUCUGCCCGUGACGUGCUGACCCCUGGUCAUUUUGUUUCAGGUCUCUCAUGGGAACUGUUCGGGCUGAGAGGGGCAAGGUUUAGCAGUUUGUAUUUUGUGUGAUGACGGACAGCUAGUCCGUCCCGUCAGCACUCCAAUGGAAGCUCCGGUCACAGCCGCCCCUCCUCCCAACUCCUCCUCCCUGCCUGUCCCAGUCCCCCUGCAUCCGGCCGUCGCCCCGUCGGUCCAGCUGGGCUUCACCAUCCUCUACAUCACCCUGUACGCCGCUCUGUUCCUGGUGGUGUACGCGCAGCUCUGGCUCCUCUACCUCUACAGGCACAAGCGCUGGAGCUACCAGAGCGUCUUCCUGUUCCUCUGCCUGCUCUGGGCUGCCAUCCGCACCACCCUAUUCUCCUUCUACUUCUGCAACGCUCUGCAGGCCAACCACCUGCCCGUCGCAGUCUACUGGCUGCUCUAUUGCUUCCCCGUCUGUCUGCAGUUCUUCACUCUCAGCCUCAUCAACCUGUAUUUCACACAGGUGCUACUCAAAGUGAGAGAGACGUAUAGCUCAGACGUUGACAGAGGAGUGUGGCUGGCGCGGUGCAUGUACGGCGCCCUGAGCGCCGUCUUCCUCUGUGUCAAUGCGGUCUGCGCGGUCCUCGGGGACAGAGACGCCGGGUCAGGGGAGCGGACCUGGAACCUGGUCCUGGUCCGAGUCCUGGUCAACGACUUGCUCUUCAUCCUGGAUGCGGUGUUGCUGGCCGCCUUGCUGCUGCUGCUGACCAGACACUCGCGCUCCACCAGCCCCUACCUGAUCAGCAAGGGGACCACAGUGUGCCGCACAGCGACACUGGGAGCAGCAGUGAUCUUGUUGUUUGCCAGCCGAGCCUGCUACAACCUGACGGUGCUCAUUGUGUCCCAGAGCCAGCGCGUGGAGUCGUUCAACUUUGACUGGUACAACGUCUCCGACCAGGCUGACUUGCGAAGUGAACUGGGUGACCGGGGCUACCUGGCCUUUGGGGCCAUCCUCUUCAUAUGGGAGCUGCUCCCGACCAGUCUGCUCAUCCUCAUCUUCAGAGUUCAGCGGCCGGCUCAAGAGACCAGCAGCAUGGCCAUCAACAACAGGGUCCUACCUCGUCCCUAUUUCUUUGAUGACCCUCAAGGCAGCGACGAAGAUGCACCUGUUCCAUGGGCACGCGGGUCACAUCCACACUCGAGCUGGUACGGAGCGGAGACCGCUCCUCUCCUGUUUGCCAGCAACCCUCCAGACCAGAGCCACCAGCACCACUCGUUCUACUCCACCCCCCAGAACUGACCUCCACUUCCCACCACUAUUGGGGGGGGGGGGGGGGGGGGGGGCAGCGUCCCCGAAAGACAUUCAUCUCAAGGGCAGACCGCACACAGCUGCCGCCCAGUAGUACCUCCCUCUGUGGACAGUUUUUGCACUGAAGACCUCAGGAAUUCAUCAACAAACAGUGAAUAUGCACCUUGUAGUUUUGGAACAGAGAAUAUAUAGAAUUUCUUUCUUUUCUUUUCUUGGCUGGAGAAGCCCCGACAGACAGAACAUUGUGAUCAGUGAUCUUAUAAACAAUAGUGCGAGAUUAAGUUACGUGUUAGCAUAUUUCAAAUCCUUCAUUGUCCUAUUGUUGAUUAAUAAGAUGAACUAGCUCUUACUAUUCCCUAACAAUUGCACAUUUAGCUUCGUAUGCAUUCCUUGUCAGGAGAGUGCAGAUCUCCGCCAGGUGGGUCUGAACCGACCGCUGUCGAGUUCAGUUAGCUGUGAGCCAUACACACCUUCUCAAACAAUAAAAGUGUGCAAACUAUAAUCCCCUCACUUCAGAUCGUGGGCGCAGAGUAGCGACAGUUGACACUCAACUGUGUCAUCACCAGUGGCCCCUACUGUUAAGAGCAGCGAGUGAGGAGUCAGCAUGAGACGGGAAAACAAAAGGUGUUUUGAGAAAGUGUGAGUCGCCGCAACCACGAGAGGCCCUUGAGCUUGCAGCCAUAACCGGCCACCCAAAAUAUUAUGCAUUAUCCUGCAGCAGAAUGCGAGGCAAGCCGUGGACAGACACAGAGGUGCACACUCACUCACAGACGCGCACGAUCCUCCUGGCAGAGAUAAUUAAUGCACAUAAUGUAGUUGAUAAGCUUGCAGCAUGUGAUGCGCCUCGGAAACAACCACUGACAGUACCAAUAUGCAGUUUUGUGAAGGUCACAUCCCUCUGAUACUGUGUGAAGUCACUAAAAUAUAUAUAGUAUCAACGGGUCACUUUUGGCAUUCCGUUUCUUUAAGACCAGUCAUGUCUUUUGGCACUUCUGAUAAAUAGUUCCACAUCAGCAGGUUGUCUCUCUUCUAAUCUCAUCACUGCAGGUAUUCACCUCAUCGAGUUGUUUCCUUUAGGGCCGCUGUCUGCCAUUUUGGUUUCUAUGUCACUUUUGCGAAGUUUAAUAAUUUUUAUUUUUAGAAGUCGCUUUUGAUUUAUUCCCUUUCUGUGCAAUUGUAUUUUGAUGUACAUUUAACUUAUUUUAUAUGAAAAAUCAAAUGUGAGUUUCCUUUAUAUUCCUCACAGCAAGUCACUUAUAUUUAUACCACAUGAUUGAUAUUUACUGUGUAAA